AAGGUCGUGUCUUCGUUCACUGCUCCUAUUCGUAGACCCAUUGAACCCGUUGGUCGUUAUUUCUUAGCUCAUGCUAGCAGAACUUUGAGAGGUCACACAUGGUCUGAAUAUGAGAGAAUUGAGGCUUCAAAAAAUGUAAAAACAGUCAAUGAGAAUGAUGAUGAUAAGUUGGAUGAAUUCGAUGAGCACCAGUCGGAUGAGUUAUUAACCCACGAUCCAAGAGAAUGGAAAAAAGCAGAUUUAUAUGCUGUUUUAGGGUUGUCAAAAUUGAGAUAUAAUGCCACUGAAGAACAAAUAAGAAAGGCACAUAGAAGACAAGUUUUAAAACAUCACCCAGAUAAAAAAGGUGAAAAAGGAGGGUUAGAUGAAGAUGGUUUUUUUAAGAUUAUUCAAAAGGCGUAUGAAACCUUGUUAGAUCCAAUCCAAAAAAAAAGAUUUGAUUCUGUAGACGAAAAUGCAGAUAUUUAUCCUCCUUCAAAACAACUGAAAUAUGAUUUUUUCACAACAUGGGGGCCUAUUUUUGACUCCGAAGGUAGAUUUUCCAAAAAGAAGAAUGUACCAAAAAUCGGCGACAUACAUACCUCCAAAGCUGAAGUUGAAAGUUUUUAUAAUUUUUUUUAUAAAUUUGAUUCUUGGAGGACAUUUGAAUGGCUAGAUGAGGAUGUACCUGAUGAUUCUUCAAACAGAGAUCAUAAACGGUACAUUGAAAGGAAAAACAAAACACAAAGAGAUAAAAAAAAAAAGGAGGACAAUAAAAGGUUAUUGUCUUUAGUUGAUAGAGCUUUCAGUGAAGAUCCAAGAAUAAAAUUAUUCAAAAAAAAGGAAAAAGAAGAAAAAGUCAAAAGAAAGUGGGAAAGAGAAGCAGGGUCCAGAAAGGCUCUUGAAGAAGCUAGAUUGAAAAAAGAAGCUGAAGAAAAAGCUAAAAAAGAAGCUGAAGAAAAAGCCAAAUCACUAAAACAAAACUCUAAGAAAGCCAAAGAAGCCUUGAAAUCAGCAAAAAAGAAAAAUAAGAGAAUAAUUCGAAAUUCUGUUAAGGGUGUUGAUUAUUUUGGAGAUCUUUCAUCCCAAACUAAGAUUGAUUCUGAUGUUGAAUUGUUAAUUGGAGCAUUAGACGACAGUCAAUUGUCCAGCUAUUCUAAAGAAAUUAACCAGGUAAAGGAUUCUCAGAAGAUUAAAAAAAUCUUAGAAGAUGCAAUUUCAAGCUUAACCAGUGAUGGAAAAAUUUCAUCGUCAUCUCUUAGUUAUUUC